UAACUUCAGAGCAGUCGGAGUAUCAAGAGAAGUUGUCAUCACUUUAUCGCAAAUGCGCAUUUAUAAGAAUAUUUGUUUUUAAACUCACAAAAAGUAGACAUUAAUCCGAAUAUCCUGUUGCAAAUUAGUAUUUAAGAGAUGUAUAAAUCGAAUCAGGAACCGGAUAUACCCGCAGCAUUGGGUUUGUUGUCUCAUUUGGAUAACGAUGAGCUGAAGGAAUUAUUAAAUAAUGAUGGGAAAUUCGAAGAUAUCGUGAAAGAUAUAAAGCAGUUUAAGGAUCUUGAGACUGAGAAGGAGAUGUUAAUGGCAAGUAACAGAUCUUUAGCUGAAUUUAACUUGUCCAAGCAACCCGAAUUGGAAGAAGGUAAACAAGUUUUAAAGGAAUUGAGCGAACAGGCUAACCAAUUGUGUUCCAGUGUCAGGGAUAAAAUAGACAAAAUGCGUGAUAACUCUGGUACAAUGACUGUCGAUAUCGCACUUGAUCUACUACAAGCAGCAGCCGCUGAGAUUGAAGAAGAAUCAGAAGGGAUAGCGCAGAAAUUUCUAGCCGGUGAUAUUGAGGUAGACGUGUUCUUGGAUCAGUUUUUGUCACGAAGAAAAUUGAUGCACUUGCGUAAAGUAAAGGUAGAUAAACUACGAGAGAUAAUAAGGAAAGGGCAUUCGAGCAACACUCCUGGCUACCCAGCCACUUCAAAUUUCCCUGGACUAGUACCUUCCAUCCCGUAUCCAACUGGACCAGUAGCUAUGCCGAUGCCAUUGCCAGGAUUACCAGUUUAUAGACCAUAUUAAUGUAAAAAUGUAUCAUAUAUUUAUUUGUUUCUAUGAUGUUUCCUUGAUCAUAAGAUAUCUGAUGUUCUUUACAUAUUAUAUCUUUUGCACAUUAAUUUUUCACUAUUUUUAUAUUAGACGAUAUGUUAUA